AAAUAUACAAAAUUGAAUGUUUUCUUAAUUUGUGUCUACAAAUCUAAAACGACAAAUAAAAUGAUACGGAAAGAAAAAUAGACUGUUUUAAAUAGACUGUUUACAUAUUUCUUUGAUGAGUUAAAAAAAUUUCUUGUCAAAUAUAUAAAAGAUCGAUAGCAUAUGUAAAUAGACUGUUUUCAUAUUUUUUUGAUGAGUUACCCCUGGUAUUAAUCGGAAAGUAUUCUAAAUUUGAAGUGUGGUAGUCAGUUCACUCUGUAGCACUAAGUGUAUUUUUUCCGAAGCCGACAGAGUUUAUAAAAAAAAUAACAAUCGAUUUUCAAAAUGAGCCAAAAAGAAUUCCUAUGAGCAAUUUUAUUAAAGUCACGUGGGAAUGGGAUCUUUGUUGAAAGUAAAUGUACGCGCACUGGAAAAAUACUGCAACCGGUCCACAAUACCCAAGUCACUUUUAAAGUGCAAAUUUUCAUUGGGGUUAAUCAUUAAUUCAUUAAUAUUGAAACUCUAUGGACGUAUUAGUCAAAGUCUCGAUUUUAAAGAAUCUUGUGCUGUGUUCCAAAAAAAAACGUGUGCAUCAUGUCAAUGAACAUAUUAGUACUGUACUAGUUAUCUACUCGACAAAUAAGAUGCACAUAUAUAAAACAUAUGUUUUAUAAUUAGGGAUAUUAAAUUUUUCCCUUUUGCAUUUUAGUAAUUAUGUAAUUCAUAUUUUUAAGUUUAGUAUUUACAAUUUGCUCUAUUUUUAACAAAUUUUUUAUAUUACUAUUUGUUUUGAUAUAAGAAUUACAAAUAUUCAAAUAUUCACCCAGAUUCGAAGAGACUAUAUCUAAAUGUUUUAAUGAAUUCGUAAUGAUUUUGAUGUGUUGUCUGAUGAGCUUGACAUGUUAUUUAUACUGCUCAACUCGAUUUAACUACUUUAUGUAUCUUACACAUGUCGUGCCUUGAUCCACAGGUCUCUGGUUGUUGAGUAAUUGCUUUGAUUUCAAGGUGACUCUGUCCUGGCCAUCAUCUUCUUGAUAUAGAGUUUGAUACUUCGAGCUUGAGAUAAGACUUUAGGCGAGAUAGUUGGACUUUGCCCAUGAUAUAUAUAUAUAUAUAUAUAUAUAUAUAUAUAUAUAUAUAUUUAUUUAUUAAAAUAAAUCUAUUUUUAAUAGACUUUUACUAGACCAACAUUAUGUGCUAAAUUCAUAUCUAACAUACAUUGUAUCCGCCGAAGAGUAAUUACAAAAUAUCAUUUUUAUAACAAUCUAGUAGUUUCAGUCUCUGAAAAUCUUUCUGAUUUGUAAUAUGGUAUCAGAGCUAACAUUACAAAUGAUCACAGUGGCCAGGUGCUGAUUGCAUAUUUGGCAAAAAUAAACGAUUCGCAAGCUUUUGUAAAACAAAGUAUUUUGUGUGUUUGAUAAUACUCCGUAACAUAUGGGUCAAAACUCAAAGGCCAAAGCUUCGUUCGAUUAAUCGAAAAGGCAGGUGAAGCUGUUAAGGCAAUAAUAUAACAGAUUUUAUAUGUAGCUGUUAAGGCCAAGAUUUCAUUGAAAUGUUUCUUAAACACAAUACACCUCGUAAUUAGUGAUCGUGGUUAGAGAUGGAUAAGCGGAUCAACCAUUUGAGUCUAUCAGUUUUUUGAUACUGUAGAAACUGAAAACAAAUAAAAUUAUUUGUAAUUCGGUUUGAUGUUGUUUCACUUUAGUACGGUUUGUUCUCAGUUUGCAUUUGAUUCGGUUUAAGUUUAAUUAAAAUUAAGGGCCUCCACAAUGGAAGCUCUUGAGGGAGUCUUUAGGGAGUGUGGACCCUAUUUUCUUAGAGUUUGUGCAAAAAGAAAUCUUUAAAAUUCUUUGGUAAGGAUUGAUCCUUAUACUGUUCACGGGUCCCAUUGACUACGUGGCGACCCAUGAAUGAUCAUUUUUUUUUUUAAAUCCAGGAUUAAUCCGAAAUGCCCUUGUGCUAAGGAUUCUAAUGAGUCUCACCGUUACGCAUGGUCUAAUAUGAACACAUAAAUAAACUAAUAAAUCAUCGCCAGUGAAUGUUAUAUAAUGUAAAUAUGUUUGAUCAAAAAAUAUAAUGUAAAUAUGUAAUAGGAUAUAACUAAAAUUUUAUAAGAUUUCAGGGUUUUUGGUUUGAGUUAGCUAGGUUACAUCAAUUAAAAUCGAAUACAAUAAAGCCAAUCGGUUUAUAAAAAAAACAUUCGGGUCGAUUUUCAUAUGGUUGGGUUUUCUUUUGCUACACUUACUAUAUCGGUUCACCUGCAUGCUCUAAUAGUAGCAGGUAUCUCUUAUAUAGAGGGACUUUACUCUGGAUUGCCCAAGUAACUCCUAUGUUCAUUCUAUUUUAUCCCACCAAUUAAAAACAAUAUAAUUUUUAAUAUAUUUUAAUCAGAAACAUGGUGAAAAUCGAAAUUGCCCUUAAUGAAACCAAGUAUUUACAGGAUCCAACCUAAACUAUUUGACUCGACCCACUAUUAGUCGGAUCCUUAACCAGAUCCGCGCGUUCCUUUCUUCUUUCUCUUCCUUUGUCGUCUCUCACUCUCUUCUAAACCUUCUAAACCUGAAAAUUGAAAAAAAAAUCCUAUAACCGACGAAAACGAUGAAGCCCACCGCAUUGACUGCUUCCUUCACUGCUUCUUCUCUGAUCUUCCCUUAGUCCCUCGUGCCCUUCCUUGUUACUCUGAUUUCAUCAUUUCCCCAAAUCAGUCCGUAACCCUAGAUUUGACGAAAUCAAUUGAAAAAAUUGAUCGAAUCAACUGCUCCUGCGGCGUAUUCUAUUCUCCUGCUCCUUCUGUCGGCGACGCAAUCGACGGAACCCUAGACUUCAUCUCCCAUCUCCUGUUUUCGUUCUCGUCUCUUCCGUGUAAAAGGGGAUCAAGAUAUUGAGAGGCUAUAGAUAAUGGCAGGCCGAGGUCGAGGGAGAAAAAAAUCUCAGCAGAAAAAGUCCACAAAAAGAAACAGUGCUCCUGUAGAAGAGCAGCAUGUAGAAGAACUUUCAACAGAGAAUGAUAGUGAUGAUCUGUCAGCACACGGAAUUGAGUCUGAUAAUCAGGGAACCGAUAAUCAGUCUGCAUCAUCUCAGGAGUGCCAACCACUGCCACCUGAUGAGCUAUGUUUCAAGAACACCGAGUUCACCCAGACGUGUAAGAUACAGAGCAAGUGUUAUGUGACCGAGACGGUGAAGUUUCUGAAGAAGGCUAAGUUUAAGCCUGAGCUCCAGUGGUUUGAAAACCACCCUCAGUUUUGCCAUUUUUUCCACAUGCCCGAUGAACCAAACUUGAAGCUGCAGGGUAUGUGGAUGCUUCUACUGCGCACUGUUCCUUUACAUGAGUCAGAGGACACAUCUUGGUUUGCUGUUAAUGGAGUGCCCAUUCGGUAUUCAAUGAGAGAGCAUGCUCUCAUCUCGGGAUUGGACUGCCAUGACUACCCGGCUAAGUAUAAGAAGAUUGGAAGCUUUGCGUUUGUAGACAUGCAUUUCAAAUCACAUAAGGAGAUCACUAUGCUAUCUGUGAGAGAGAAGUUGUUGAGUAUGAGUGCGUGUGGGGAUCGACUCAAAAUGGCAGUGCUUUACUUCUUAGGCACGAUUAUCAGAGGGAAGGGAAGGUAUAAUGCCCCGUUCGACCCUUUCAUAUUAAGAAUCGUCAACGAUGUGGAGGUUUGUAAAACCUUUCCUUGGGGUCGGUUGACGUUUGAAGAUGCUCUCCGGUCUAUCACUCGCGUGAUGAAGCAUCUGAAAGGGAAACCUAAGAAUAAUGUCAACUUUCCCGGGUUCAUAAUUCCUUUGGAGAUUCUGGCAUUUGAGUGUAUCCCAGCUCUGAAAGCACGAUUUAGAGAAGGUGUAGAAGGCUGUAUGAGUAAGUGUCCGAGGAUGUGUAAAAAGCGGUUCCAAAGUAACAGCAUGAAGGGUUAUCCUCUUGAGGAUUUGUACGACACACUAGGAGAAAUUAAGGUUAUUGAAAGUGUUCUUGUUCCUACUGUUGAUGAGGAACCUCUCAUGGCACGCUUAAUGGAUGGGGAGCCAGACUAUGAAAAUGAAGAAGGCGUGAGUAAUUUGUGGAGCACGUGGUUGACUGUUAAGGAGAAGCCUAUCUUUUGGCAAGAACUCUAUGAGUUAGAUGUGGCUGCAAGGGAGUUUCCUCAGAAGAAAGACAAAAGGAAAGUGCAUGAAGAAGCAUCCUCCUCUAAUACAAGUUUGGAGGACGUUUUGAAAGGGUUUGAAGAGAGGUUGAUGACAAGUUUGAGUGAAGUGAAUGGGAAGGUGGAAAAAAUGAACAAGAGGCUUGGGAAGAUUGAACGUUGCCAAGUUGUUUUAAAAAAGAGGUGUAAAAGGAUGAAGGCAAUGGAGAAGAAGCUUGAGAAGAUUGAAGAUUGCCAAUAUUAUUUAAAAAAGAAGGCCAAGAAGGUGGAGAAAGAAAUGAAGGAAAUGAAAGAGAAGGAGGAGGAUAAGGAGAACAAUGACGGUUUCGACUAUCAAGGCAUGGAUUAUGACUGGGAUGGGCAGCGGAAUGACAGCAAUGGAGCGGACGCAACAACCAAAGAACCUGAAGAUGCAGAUAUGGUUGAAAAUACAGAGGUGGUAGAAGAGAAAGAGAGUGAAGAAGACGCUCAGAAGGACGAUAGAAGUUCUGAGGAAGAGACAGAACCUGAACCUGAAGCAGAAGCUGAAGCUGAAGAAGACAAAGAAAAAGAGGAUGAGGAAGAGAGUGAAGAAGAGGCUCAGAAGGAACCUGAUGAGGUUGAGAUGAAUGAAGCCAAUGAGAUUGAAGAAGAGGUUGAAACAGAGGCUCGGGUUGAAGUUGAAACCGAGAAAACUCCUACACCACCACGUGGUAGGACUAAGGCAGCAGCCGCGAGGAGACAAAUCCUAACAACACCAGAGAAGUUGUUCGGAAAGGCUGAAAAAAUGGUUGAGGAAGAGGUGAAAGAACCUGAGGAAGAGGGUGAAAAAAUGGUGGAGGAAGAGGUGAAAGAACCUGAGGAAGAGGGUGAAAAAAUGGUGGAAGAAGAAGUGGUAGAGCCUGAGGAAGAGACUGGAAAAAUGAUGGAGGAAGAGGUGGAAGAAUCUGAGGAAGAGGCUGUAAAAAUGGUGGAGGAAGAGGUGGUAGAGCCUGAGGAAGAGGCUGGAAAAAUUGUGGAGGAAGAGGUGGUAGAGCCUGAGGAAGAGGCUGGAAAAAUGGUGGAGGAAGAGGUGGAAGAAUCUGAGGAAGAGGUGGAAGAACCCGAGAAAGAGACUGAAAAAUAUACUGAGGAAGAAAAGCAAGAGUGGUACAUGGUUGUCUACGAAGGCAGUACUUGUGAAACGAAGGAAGCUGACAAGGGAGCAGCCAAGCCUUCUGGAACUGGGGUCAAGCAUAGGCCAAAACAAAUGGCAUUGAGGAAGCACGCUACUAAGCAGGCUCCUAAGCCGAGGGGUAGACCGAGAAAGGAUACUGAACCAAAGAAGUUCACAACGCCAGAACAGACAAAAAGGAUACGUUCACGUUCACAGUGGGUUUCCACUCCUUUCACUGAAGCUAACACUGACGAGAUUGAAGGGCACAAGAAGAAGCCUAGAACAAAGGCGUAGAAGACAAGAAGCUUAACAUAUUUUGGAUGUUUAGUAUUUAUCUCGGAUUUGUUGUGAACUUAUGUAAGAAGUUAUGUUUUGUUGCUUGCUGGUUUGUAAAACUUGAAUGAUAUCACAUUUGUACUACUAGGUUAAUUAUGUAUUACUAAGACAAACAAAAUUUGUCAACAAUAAGACAAAAAAAAAUAUAAGAAAAAAAUGGCACAUGUCUAAAACGUGUAAAACGUGUAAAAUAUAAGAAAAAAAAAUAGCACAUGUCUAAAACGUGUAAAAUAUAAUAUUAAACAAAACAUGUUUGAAUACUCUUAGUAGUAUUCAAGGAAGUAGUAAUAUUUCAUUCUUCAUAGUAAUAUUUUUGUAAAUCAGAAUAUUUUUAAGGAAUACAACCUGAAGAAAUUAAAUUUAUUAGUAAUACAAAUGUAUUUAGACAAUUUUAGAUUAUAUAUAACACAUUGGCAUAAUUUUUUUAAACAAAAUGCGUAUUUUCGGAAUUUCAUCCCAUUAUGGCCUUCACAUCAAGACAUUAGUAUAGAAGUAGAAGGAUGUUUUCUAUAGAAAUGAGAGGUUUUCAACUAAUUUGAGAAUUUAAGAGUAUUCUAUGUCUAAUUUGGCAAAUAAACACAAAUAUGACCAUAUAAUCUCGUAAUAUAUGAGAUAUUUUUUCUAAAAAUAAAUAAUAAGACAAAAACAAAAGUUCUUUGAAACAUGCAUACUACAUAGUAAUUCAAAGUAGUUCAAAGUAGUUCAAGGUAGUCCAAAGUAGUACCUAGUAGUCCAUAUUAGACAUAGUAGUUUGCAGUAGUACCGAGUAGUCCAUAUUACACAUAGUAGUUCACAGUAGUACCGAGUAGUGCAGUGUUACCUAGUACAAGAGUUCCAUGUUACUCAGUGGGGGAAGAAUUACUUCCACAUUCAAAAUACUCAUGCAAACGUCCGCCUCUCCUUCCCCUGCCCCUGCCUCUUCCCCUUCCGCGUCCUCUUCUUCGUCCACGAGAUUCUCCGGCUGAUGGAAACCUUUGCUUUUGAGUGGGUCCUUUCUUUUUUUCGUAUACCGGGGGAAGAAAUUUAAGUGCUCGAAUCUCGUCAGGUAUGACCCAUUCAGACAUAUGAGGAACUGGAUAAAUCGUCCUACAGUAUGCCAAUGCCCACAACUCCACCAAAUAGUAUUUUGAACAAAACUCUUGUAGAUGAAGAUCUCUUCCUACGCUCAAGAACUUGGCAGCAGCAGCAGCAUGAACACAUGGGAUUUUGUCUAGAUCAAAACACCUGCAGGUGCACAUUUUUCUUGCCAAAUCAACCGUAUAAAUCUUUCCGUCACUACCAUUGACAUUUUACUCAAGGUGGAAGCUGUUUAUCUCAACAACAUCUAAACACCUCGCUUCCAAACAUCUUUUUGACAACUCCUUUUCCACUGUUGGCACAAGCUUCUUUGUGACUGGUAUUUCAGCUGCCUUCUUCCUAUGUUUGUUAAACCAUUCAGUCAUUUUCUUGAUGAUAACAUCAAUCAUCGGUAGCAUGAAGAAUUUCCUCGCUUCCCGAAGAACACCAUUAAUGGAUUCUGCUUAACAUUGUAUCUGUCUCCUUCAAAGUAACAUCUUGCCCAUUUUCUCACUUCAACACUUUUCUCCAGAUACGCCGCAGCAGAAGGAUACCUUCUGGAAAAGGCAUCGUAGAGAUCAUCGAACUCAGCCACUGUAUAAGCAUGUGCACACUCUGUAAACUUGCUUGCGCAAGCGUCUCUGUUGUUGAAAACAUGUCCUUUGACAUGUCCUUUGACAUUUUGAGACACCAAUUCGCAUCACGUAUUGACUUGAUCAAGCUCGCAUUUCUAUCCGAAAGAAACACCAAUUCGCCUUCAUCUGCUAUCACUGACCUCAACUUAUUCAUAAACCACAUCCAGCUUUCGUCUUUCUCACCAUGAACUACACCAAAUGCGAUAGGGUAGUGGUGACGAUCCGGAUCUUGAGCCGUCGCAACAAGCAGAACUCCACCAUAAACAUGCUUAAGAUGUGUUCCAUCCACAAUGAUAACUUUCCUCAUCGCUGCGAAUCCUUCUAUGGAAGCUCCAAAUGC